GUACAAAGAAGAGGUUUUCCUAAAACGUGUGAAAUAAGCUUGUAAAGGAGUGGACUUGCCUUCUACUAACCACACCCCAACCCCCACCCCCUACCCCCCACCCCCCCCCCCCCCCAUAAAAAAAUCUUCAAGCUGCAAAAAUUAUCAAGAACGACCAUGAGACAAAAACUAGAUUAGAAAAUUGAUAACGUGAAAUAUUUUUCAGCAUUCACCAAUCCAAACUGGAAAAACUAGGGGGUGUUUCUCUCUAGUACCCCGUAGCCCCUACCCCCUACCAAAAAGUCUCUUUGACCACCACCAUCAUCACCCCUCCACCCCCACCCCCCCUCUCUUUCUUCCCUUCUUCCUCCUAUCUACUUCAAACUUUCCUCAUUAUUAUUUUCACAUUUUUGUUAAAGAGGGGGGAGGGGGGGACUUCCUCUCUUAUUUUCUUGAAUUAUAUGUACCCUAUUCUUGUUUUUUGACAAAUUAAAGAUUGCAUUUUUAUCAUCAUAUCUUUUUUGGCCAAUAUGGGUAGUUGUUUUUCAAGUUCCAAAGUUAGUGGCUCAAAUAGCAACACCCCUUCUGCCACCAAUACCAAUACCAACACCACCAAUACAACCACCGCCUCGGGAACCGUGCCAACCAAUCCCAGGGAAACCUCAAAAGCAGCAACAUCUACAACAGCUGUAAAUUCAAGAAAACAAGAAGGGUCAAAUUAUAAUCAGAAAAAACAUCAUCAACAACAGCAAAAACAACAACCUAGGAAUUCACAACAAAAUGUUAAGACAAUAAGUUCAAGAAGACAAAGUGGGGUUAUACCAUGUGGUAAAAGAACAGAUUUUGGGUAUGAUAAAGAUUUUGAAAAGAGGUAUACAAUUGGGAAAUUGUUGGGUCAUGGUCAAUUUGGUUAUACAUAUGUUGCUACAGAUAAAUCUUCUGGAGAUCGUGUGGCUGUUAAAAGAAUUGAGAAAAAUAAGAUGGUUCUUCCCAUUGCGGUUGAGGAUGUGAAACGAGAAGUCAAGAUAUUGAAGGCCUUAGCUGGUCACGAGAAUGUGGUUCAAUUCUAUAAUUCCUUCGAGGAUGAAAAUUAUGUCUACAUUGUAAUGGAGUUAUGUGAAGGUGGAGAACUAUUGGACCGAAUUUUGUCCAAAAAAGACAGUCGGUAUACUGAGAAAGAUGCUGCAAUAGUGGUACGCCAGAUGCUAAAAGUAGCAGCUGAGUGUCAUUUACAUGGCUUGGUGCAUCGUGAUAUGAAACCUGAGAAUUUUCUCUUUAAGUCUUCAAAGGCGGAUUCACCAUUAAAAGCCACAGAUUUUGGUCUUUCAGACUUCAUCAGACCAGGGAAAAAAUUCCAAGACAUUGUCGGCAGUGCGUAUUAUGUAGCUCCAGAGGUAUUAAAGCGUAGAUCAGGACCCGAAUCUGAUGUGUGGAGUAUUGGCGUAAUUACAUACAUUUUGCUAUGUGGACGUCGGCCAUUCUGGGACAAAACUGAGGAUGGUAUAUUCAAGGAGGUCCUACGGAACAAGCCUGAUUUUCGCCGCAAACCAUGGUCUAACAUAAGCAACAGUGCUAAAGAUUUUGUCAAGAAAUUACUGGUGAAGGAUCCUCGUGCUAGACUUACUGCUGCUCAGGCCCUAUCGCAUCCAUGGGUUCGAGAGGGAGGUGAUGCAUCUGAGAUUCCAUUGGACAUUUCUGUUUUAUCCAACAUGCGGCAAUUUGUCAAAUACAGUCGUUUAAAGCAGUUUGCCUUACGGGCGUUAGCUAGCACACUUGAUGAGGAGGAGCUCGCCGAUCUGCGGGAUCAAUUUUCUGCAAUUGAUGUGGACAAGAAUGGUGUCAUCAGUCUCGAGGAAAUGAGACAGGCCCUUGCGAAGGAUCUCCCGUGGAAAAUGAAAGAAUCACGAGUUCUUGAGAUUCUUCAAGCGAUUGAUAGCAACACCGAUGGGCUUGUUGAUUUCCCAGAGUUUGUGGCCGCCACUCUACAUGUCCAUCAGUUGGAAGAGCAUAAUUCUACAAAAUGGCAGCAAAGAUCACAAGCUGCUUUUGAGAAAUUUGAUGUUGAUAAAGAUGGAUUCAUUACUCCGGAAGAACUUAAAAUGCACACGGGCUUGAGAGGCUCCGUAGAUCCACUUCUAGAGGAAGCGGAUAUUGACAAAGACGGAAAGAUAAGCAUAUCAGAGUUCCGUAGGCUUUUAAGAACUGCUAGUAUGAGUUCACCAACGGUAAGAGAUUCACGGAGAAAUGCAGCUUUGUAAAGCUAUAUAGGUGGACAUUGGACUUCAUCAGAAAAAUUUUGUUGGGAAGACAAUGCUCGUAUAUACAUGUCCUCUUAUGCUUGUGCAAGCGUACUGCGUGUUCUCUACAUGGAUAUGGCUUCCGAGAUGAUGGUAUUUCGAGAUGUGUAGCUGCCACAUGUCACUUCGUAGCUAGUGAUCGUCGUGCCAAGUGUGUGUGUUGAGUUUCCUUUGCUCCCUACAUAAAAAAGAAUUUGGCAUGAAGAGUGCUUUUUUUUUCCUGAACAACCAGUUGCAAUGGCUUGUAAUAUGCUAGUUUAGUGUAUAUUCUUUGUCAAUUUUUAAUAUUAUGUCCACUAUAAAUAUGUCAUCAAUGUAAAUUGGCUGUUCUGUAUGAUUUAAGGCACAUGUUCAGAAACUUGUACCUCA